AUGGGGAGCAACUUUUUAUUUGCAGUAGUACCUGGCAAUAGUUGGCAGCACUACACUCAGCUCGCACUCUUGGCGCCAGCAGCACUCUUGGUUCUUUAUAUCUUCUACAAUGAGCUUGUUCGUUUCCAGCUUAGAGUGCGCAAGCUCCCUGGUCCCUGGGGUUUCCCUCUUGUGGGAAGCUUGCCUUCGCUGAGCGGCACGAUUACGUCUGACGAGCUGCGAAAAUGGGCCGGUAAAUAUGGCGACGUCUUCCAGGUCCAGUUGGGAAAUUCGACGGUGGUUGUAGUCAACACCACAGCUGCCGCCGAGGCCCUGUUCAUUCGCCAGCGCGAGGCAACCAACUCACGACCUAUUUUCUAUGUCCUGCAUAAAAAAGUGCAGCGAAACGGGCCCGUCACGAGCAUCGGAACUAGUCCAUGGGACGAUAGCUGCAAGCGUAGGCGCAAGGUCGCUGCAUCGGCGCUGAAUCGUGUCAGUGUUGAGAGUUAUCUGCCGAUCCUCAAUAAAGAAUCAAGAGCCUGGCUGCUGGAUAUCCUGCGCGGUUGCGAUGGUGGCAAGACUGCACUGGAUGUCAUGUUUCCCGCCCGCAAGUUUGCCAUAAACGUGAGUCUUACAGUUAGUUAUGGCACACGGGUUGAAGAUAUCAAGGAAUUCUCCACAAACGAUGUGCUCAAAGAGAUCAUCUACGUCGAAGAAGAGAUUUCCCGCCUUCGCGAAACGUCUAGCAAUUAUGACAACUACAUUCCUCUGCUACGCCCACUCAACUCGAUUGCUUCCGCGUUGGGGCUCAAAGAUGGAUCCCAUCUCGCUUCCGUAGGAAAGCGCCGCCAUGCUUAUCAUGCUAAGCUACAGGAGAGGCUACGCGAGGAGAUCGCGUCAGGGACAGACCAGCCGUGUAUCCAAGGAAACGUACUCCGCGAUCCGGACAGCAAGGGGCUUUCCGAAGGUGAGUUGUUGAGUAUAAGCCUUAGCAUGAUGGCUGGGGCGGACACGAGCAAGCGUACGCUCAUGUGGGCAUGUCUUUUGCUAGCACAUCGGCCGGACCUGCAAGAACGAGCGUACAAGGCCAUUCAAGAGACGGAUCCGACAUUACUAACAAACCCGGAUGUUGCACACUCGCGGGUUGAGUAUAUUGAGGCACUUAUAAAGGAGAUUGGGAGAUAUUUCAUUGUGCUCAGGCUUGCCUUGCCGAAGGCGACACAUAAGGAGGUCCUAUGGAAUGAGGCUGUUAUUCCAGCAGGAACAAUGGUGUUUUUGAACUCGUGGGCCUGCUCGAGAGACCCUGCCGUCUUCCCAGACCCUGACACCUUCGCCCCCGAGCGUUGGCUAGAAGGUGAGAGUCAGUCUCAUCAGCACCAGUACGCAUUCGGUAUUGGAGGGCGCAUGUGCGUAGCCAGCCAGCUCGCCAGUAAAGUUCUGUACACAGUAUUUUUGCACCUGUUCGCGCAUUUCAAGCUGUUGCCCGCCGAUGGAGAUUUAGGUUCAGAUGCUGCUGAUCCACUAAAGGGUUUGCUAGAGAACGAGAACUCUAGAGUGACGCCGCGUGUUCGCCAUGUGCGCUUCGUGCCGAGGGAUGUAGAUACUACAAGGAGGAUGCUGGCUGAGAAGCCGUGA